AUGGCGCUGCGAGUGGUACCCAGGCCGGGAGGCGGUUUGGGGGAGGAGAGCGCGGGCGCGCGCCGCGCGAUCUGGGCUCAGCUGCCGCCCGACGCUUUGUUACCCGUCCGGCUGCCCCGCGCGGACCGAAUGGGCACACAGGACCCUCGCGUCGGGGACAGCACCAGCAGGACAUUAGAGAGUGGGGCGGUGGCGGGGGGGAGCACUGUUCUGGAUAUUUCAUCUCCUGCUCCCAGCUCUGGAUCAGGACCGUGGUUCUGGGAGUGGCCGUACCCUCCACACCGUUCAGAUAUGUUCCACAGUCUCACCAUACUCCAGUAA